ACACAUAUUUAUGAUGACACGAUAUAAAAGACCCUAUCAUCAGAGCAGUAGAUUCUCACAAAAGAGAAGUGGUGUGCCUUCCACACCCACGUGCUGUCGUAAAUAGUGCGCAGAUGCACUAUAUGACCUGGGAACGAUUCUCCUCUGCGCACCAAAGCAGUCCGCACGCACAAAGGAGAGACCAUCAACAGAAGAGGAUCACAGAAAAUUAUGACUCGGCUGGCAUCAAGACGAUAAAUACCUCGAGGUAAAAAGAUAAGGAAAACAAUUAAUGAGUUUUUUUUUCUUUUUCUUCACCAAAACGCACGAGUUCUGCAAGAGAUGCGCGGACACUCAGAAGCGCACAGUCCUUUUGCCUUUAAUUCAACUGGACACCAAAUACUCAACAUCACCGCUAAUAGUUGGACUGAACUGGCUGAAGAUGCCAACAUGUCUACUCCUGACUUCAUAAACAACACCACCAACUUUACAGACUUAAUUCCAGGUCCUUUCAUUGGGAAUAGCUCUCUGCUCACCGGAGUCAUCUAUAUCGUUGUCUUCAUUGUGGGUCUUCUGGGUAACACACUAGCCAUCUAUGUGGUCUUAUGCUACACAAAGAUGAAGACGGUAACUAACAUGUUCAUCCUCAAUUUAGCAUUGGCUGAUGAACUGUACAUUCUCGGAAUUCCCUUCCUGGGGACUCAGAGCGUGCUUUCAUACUGGCCGUACGGAGAGUUCCUCUGCAAGGUAUGCAUGACUGCCGAUGCCAUGAGCCAGUUCACCUCAACCUUUUGCUUGACUGUGAUGAGCGUUGAUCGAUACCUGGCUGUGGUGCAUCCUAUUCGCAGUGCCAAGUGGCGGAGACCACAUGUGGUCAAGAUUUUUAAUGGCACGGUGUGGGUUGUAUCAUUCCUGGUUGUACUGCCAGUCACUAUCUAUUCAGGCAUGCAGGAUGGGUUCAAUUCCUGCAACUUGAGCUGGCCUGAACCGCAGAAGGUGUGGUCACUUGCCUUCAUCCUCUACACAUCCAUCCUAGGUGUCUUUGUUCCUCUGGUUGUCAUCUGCAUCUGCUACCUGCUGAUUAUCAUCAAGGUGAAGUCAGCAGGUGUGCGAGCAGGUGUGACGAAGCGGCGUAAGUCAGAGCGAAAGGUGACACGCAUGGUGGUGAUCAUUGUGCUGGUGUUUGUGCUUUGCUGGCUGCCCUUCUAUACCACCAACAUCGUCAACGAGGUUUAUACCAUUCCUGAAAAUGAUGCCGCUGCUGCAGUCUACUUUUUUCUAGUCAUCCUUACCUAUGUCAACUCCUGUGCCAACCCCAUCCUCUAUGGUUUCCUCUCGGACAACUUCAAACAAAGCUUCCAGAAAGUGCUCUGCUUCCACAAAGCUAGUUGUGAUUGUGUCAUGGACAAAAUAAGAAGAAACCAGGCUGCCUCUCAGGACAGACCAGAGACGAUACAUAAUGCUCUUCUUACCAGCACAAACCACACGCAGAAUAGAAACACGCGGAACAGCCAGCAGUGUGUCCAGAUGGGGAACCUUGACCAUGAAUUGUUAUCUACAGAAACAGCAGUGAAUGACCAGUCAUUGCGGAGACCGUGCUCAUCACUUUCUCCUGCACUCAUGUGGACAUCAGGCACUUCUUGACUGGACAUUUGAUUUGUGACUUUUUUUUUUGGCGUGUGUUUGUUUCUAAUCAUUACUCUCUUACUGGGGCACUCUUUCAGAGCAGCAGAGGUGCAAACAGCAGGAAAGUGACAGGCAGGGUUGGGUAGGAUUACUUUGAAAUGUAAUCCAAAAGUAAUCAGAUUACAAGUAAUCCAAAUGCAUUUACAUACAUACAUGUAAUCCACAUGUAUUCUUUCAAAGUAAUCCUACCCAACCUUGGUGACAGGGUAUUGGUUUCAUAUGAACACUGGGAUUUGAACCUAACUACAACAAACUAUGUCCCUGAAUGUUAAUUAAAAUGUAAAUGUUUUUUUCUUGUUUGUUUGUUUUGAUAUGUUUCUUUAGUGUAUUGUUGACCGAAGUAAUUUAACUGUUAAAAAUGUCUCCAGGUCAUUCCAAAUGAAUUAACUCAUUUCCAAGAAAUUUCACAGGCCACUCUGACAAAAUCUAAUGAAACGUAGAAUGAAAUACACAUCUACUGAGCUCAUGGACAAAUCCCAAAUUUUAGAUUAGCAUUUCUGACCAUUUUUGAAAUAAAACACUUCAAAAUUUUAGUAUUUUUCUAUCUUUUGCCAAAUGCAUUUUCAUCGAACUUUGAACUUUUAUUAAUUCAUUGAUCUUUGCUGCUAUAAACUUUUAAUUUAGUGUCUUGGGCCAACUUUUGACAUAAAAUACAAAAUUUCAGCCAAAUUGAGUGUUUCACUGUGGCUCCAAAUGAUCCGAAAACAAUACACGCACGCAUGCACUAUUCUUUCCUUUCUUUUAGAGUCACUGAGAUGAAAAAAGAGUGAAAUCUGUUUUUACGUUGUUCUAACCUCCUCAUUUACAAAAUAUAUUCGUCCGGCAUAAAACCUGUGCCAAUUCAACAUGCAGAUCCACCUUGGAUUUGCUGUGGCGACCCCAAGUGCAAACAAGGGAGCAGCCGAAGGGACUUACUAUUGUCUAUACCUUUAUUAGAAUUAUUCUAGAAAACAUUUGUCAAAUCUUGACCAUGUUGACAGUAAUUUCUAUUUUUGAACUUCUGAAUAGGGAGCACAUUGGCUCAGUGAUUUGCACUGCUCCCUCACAGUGAGAAGGUCCCGGAUCCUGGUCCUUUCUACGUGGAGUUUGCAUGUUCUCCACUUCCAGAGACAUUCAGGUUAAUGUAGGGGAACUGGAAACUUUAACUGGAAACCUGCAAUGGACUGGCGGCCUGUCCAGGGUGGACCCUGCCUCUCACCCACUGACUCCUAGGAUCCCCCUAUGAUCCUUAAUUAGAAUAAGCGGAUUUAGAAAAUUAAUGAAUAAAAUUCAGACUAUUUAUUUUAUAUAUCCCAACAUGUUCUGAACAAAACUUUGUUAGAGCUUACUCAACUUACUUUUGGAGUCUUGAUUUUGAUAACAAACAAACAAACAAACAAACCUUCAUUUCUGGGAGCAUUCAAAAUAUACGGAAAAUAUAAAGUUGUUUUUAAUGUAUUAUAUACACAAUAAUAUUACUCUUUCAAUUGCAAUGUGUGAAAAUAUCUUAGCUCAACCUUAUGUUCUGAAUACUCUCAGAAAUGAAGAUGUUACAUAAACAUUAAGUCUACUUAAAAAACAAGAGCCCCCCCCACCAAAAAAAAAGAAAAAAGAGCAGCAGCAAUACCAGAUUUUUUAUAAUAAUAUGUCAUAAUUUCAAAAAUAUAUGUUCUCUUAAUGAUCUGAGAAAUGGCUUUUUAAAACAAAAACAACAACAACAAAAAAACCCCACAAGUAUAAAUAUGCAUGUUUGUUUUAUGUUGACAUCACUACCAGUAAAAUCUAUGAAUUUAUGGAAGUUAAAAGCUUCGUGCAAAUACUUCUUCAUCCCUUAAAAAAAGAGAUGAACUUGGACAUUAUGGUUGAUUAUGGUUGAUUUAAUUUGUAAUAACCCCUACCUGGGGGCGGAGUUAGCCUAUUUUUAGGGGUGCUCAAGUUAAGAAAUUUGUUCUAGUAGUCUAUGAUGACUUUUUCACCUUUUUUUCACCAUCAUUAUAUGCAAAUAUUGCCAUUUUGUGCUUGUCCCACA